AUGCCCGUCACAUGUAAUCUGACUCUUAAAUACAUUUUAACGCUUGUACUCGCCUUGUCUCUCAAGGGCUUCAAGGUGCCCCACACCUGCUCGGUUGCCACGGAAACGCCCAGCUCCUCCCUGGCUUCCCUCAGCGCCGUGGCCACCACGUCGCUGUCCAGCGGAUCGCUCUUUCCCCCUGCAAAGCUACGAACGGACUGGAAGUUACGACAGGCCUCGGCGCAGGCCCUGAAGCGAGAGAGCGCCGCCGUGUUCUCGGAGCUCGUCGGGAACGUGCGCCUGACGGGCGUCCGGGUCGGCGAGGUCCUCGGCGACCGCGAGGCGUCCCGUGGCGCCCGUGCGGAGGGGCGGGGCCACCGGCUGGAGCAGGAGGCGGCCGCGCUGCGCCGGAGGAGCGAGGAGCUGAGCCGGCCGGCCGGCCUGCAGGACGACGUCUGCUUCCUGAAGAAUUUCGCCAUCACGGAGCCGCCGGACGCCGAAGAGGAGUCCACCCUGAGUCAGGAGGAGGAGGAGGAGGAGGAGGUGGUGGCCUCCGUCCGCUCGGCCAUGAAGGAGCUAAGAGAGUCGAUUCAGGAGCUCUGCGACGCCAGCCUGGCCAAGAUCGCCACUUUAGUGAAUCCUGAUCCUGGAGCUUUGACCCCCGGCGGUGCGGCGGCGGCGUUGGCGUUGGCGUCUACCGACAGCAUUCAGGCCGCCUCAUCAAACUCCGCGGACGCGACGACGAGAGACCAACCGCCUUCGCUGCCUCCGCGCCGCCGGCACGGGGAUCCAACGAGGCGCCCCAGAAACCUGCCAGCUUCAGCGCCACCUCCGCCCCUCCCUCCUCGCCAACCACAAACAUCUCCAGCGGAGCGUGUCGUCAACGUGGAACCGAAGACGAGACAGGAAAUGCUGAAAUUCCGCUUCCAACCCACCAUGGACGCCAACACGGUGUACCGCCACGUGCAGCUGUCGGACGGCGGGCGGAAGGCCGCCAUGCGGGCCGAGGACCUGAACCUCCCGGACCACGCCGAGCGCUUCCACUUCUGGAGGCAGGCGCUCUGCGGAGAGGCCCUGGCAGGGAGCCCGUACUACUGGGAGGUGGAGUGGACCGGCAAGAAGAUCACCAUCGGCGUGGCCUACAAGGAGAUGGAGCGUAAAGCCUCCGACGACAGCAGCCGCCUGGGCCACAACGCUCAGUCUUGGAGCUUGUGCUGGUCGGCGAGCGGCUUCUCCUUCUGGCACGACGGCGAGGAGAAGCUCCUGGGCUCGCCGAAGGCCCGGCGGAUCGGCGUUUACCUGGACCAGCACGCGGGGGUCCUGGCUUUUUACCACAUCGCCCGGAACCAGGCGGAACUCAUCCACCAGCAUCUGAGCCAGUUCACGGGACCGCUGUUCCCCGGGUUCAGGUUCUGGCCGGGGCGUGGUUCUACGCCAUCGUGUUGUUGUGUCUGCUGCACGGAGCGUUUGUCGAGAGCCAGUUAACUUGGGGCGGUUCGAACUCCUCCAGCGAAGAACCAGAACCCCACGUGUGUCUUGUGGACCAGGCCUCGUGCGGCUGCUGUCUGAUGCAGAGGAAGGUCCAGAGGAUGGAGUCCUUCUUCAACAUGACCGUCGAAG